AGCUGUUGAAAGUUGAAACAGACGAUGUAGUGUAGAAUUUGAUUAGCAUUUUGUCAAGUAUAUUUUGUGUAACAAGGUUAACUGCUUGAUAAGGCUUCGUUUAUGUCAAACUUGUAUUUGUUCUUGUUUUAUAAUCAAAAUUUUAUUUUUUGUAUGAGAUGAUACCUAAGAUUACUUUGAAUAUUUGAAAUUUUGCCAAUGCUAGGAGUUUGCCCUACGAAUCUUGUAACUUACGAUGGGCUUGUUAUUCUCAAAGAUAUGGAGUCUAUUUGGCAACGAAGAACACAAGAUAGUGAUAGUGGGUCUAGAUAAUGCUGGCAAGACCACCAUCCUGUACCAGUUCCUGAUGAACGAAGUGGUGACUACAUCCCCCACUAUUGGCUCCAAUGUGGAGGAAGUGGUGUGGAAGAACAUCCACUUCAUCAUGUGGGACCUGGGUGGACAACAGAGUCUGAGAGCGGCGUGGAGUACUUACUACUCCAACACUGAGUUUGUGAUAGUGGUGAUAGACUCGACAGACCGAGAGCGGCUGUCAGUGACGAGGCAGGAGCUGUACCGCAUGUUGAACCACGAGGAGCUGAGCAAGGCAGCGUUGCUGGUGUUUGCAAACAAGCAGGACGUGAAGGGAGCCAUGAGUGCUGCGGAGAUCAGCAGACAACUGGACCUGACGGCCAUCAAGCGACACCAGUGGCACAUCCAGUCCUGCUGCGCUCUCAGUGGCGAGGGGUUGUAUCAAGGGCUUGAGUGGAUAUGUAGCCGGAUAAAAAAGAAGUGACCCUCAGCUUACUUUGGUUAAGUGACAUUUUGCGAGUUAAGUGACUCGACUGGCUUGUGUCAAGUGAUUUGUGUACAAAACACUGCGGACAGGCUGUGUGACAUCACAACGCAGACUACACUUCCUGUGUGAUGAAAACUUCAUUGAUCAAACUGUCAAUUUAUAUUGCUUUUUAUUUAUAUCGAGUUUUAACCCAUUUUUAUAUUUAGAUUUAGUUUUUAGUUGAACAUUAAAAGAACUCGUAAUAUUUUUGUGGGUGUACAUUGAUCUAUUCUGUAAAUUCUACUGAGUAUCUGUUUGAGAGCGUGAAUGAUUUUUUUGUUUUUCCAUUGUAAAUAAAGAAUCUCAACCUAGUUUUGUAUGUGCAUGGACUCGGUUCGCAGCUCAAUCUAUGACAAUGUGUAUCUGUAAUAUAGCUAAUGUGACUAACUGUUCAAUUUCCAUUCUGUUCUGUGAAAUAAGUAAACAUAUUCAACCGCAAAUGGGACUUUUAAA